AUGGUCAAUUCCAAUUCGGAUCUUGAACAUACCCCUCCAGUGGGGUCAUACCCCGCCAUCAACCAUCCUAGUUUGGCUACAGACGACAAGUUAACAACACGCAUUGGAGCUCCAACGGACUGUUCGGAAAAGAAUGCCGUAGUUGAAAACAGCGAUGUGUCGAUUGAUAGUGGAUUGACCAAGCAGGCGUUCGACUAUACUCACCGGAAGCUCAAACCCAGACAUAUCCAACUAAUCGGUAUCGGGGGUACAAUUGGCACCGCGUUGUACGUCCAGAUCGGCAAGGGCCUGGGCAAGGGUGGUCCUGGAAGCUUAUUCCUGGCAUUUUUGAUUUGGUUAGUUCCUACCACUCCCGUGGACAUGCGUUUUAUAGUCGUUUUUGAUCUUUCUGCUUGUGUCUUGUUGCUGUCUCAGUCCCAAUCGGAAGCGGUGAGUGGUCUAGCGGAAAUGGUUACUUACCUUCCUAUCUCUUCGCCCUUCAUUCGGUUUGCAAGCCGUUACGUCGACGAUGCAUUCGGAGUAGCAGCUGGAUGGAAUUUCUUCAUCUUUGAAGCCGCCAUGGUUCCCUUUGAGAUUACUGCAUGUAGCAUGAUCAUCAAUUAUUGGAGCGAUGUCGUUCCAGUAGCAGCUAUCAUUGUCAUUGUGCUUGUGCUAUUUAUACUUUUCAACGUCUUUGCAGUAAAAUGGUACGGUGAGGCGGAGUUCUGGCUCGCUCUAGGGAAGGUAUUGCUCAGUGUAGGCUUGAUUCUUUUCACCUUCAUUGUGAUGCUGGGUGGCAACCCUAAAAGGGAUCGGUUUGGAUUCCGAUACUGGAACAAACCCGGAGCUUUUGCAGAAUAUUAUAAGACAGGGGAUCUCGGCCGGUGGCUUGGAUUUCUCGCCUGUUUGAUUCAAGCCAGUUUCACGAUUGCAGGGCCCGACUAUGUGUCAAUGGCUGCCGGAGAGGCUGUCAAUCCUCGCAUGAUUUUGCCCAGCGCUUUCAAUGGCAUGUUCUAUCGACUCACUUCUUUCUUUGUUUUGGGCGCUCUGUGUGUCGGAAUCCUAGUUCCUUAUAAUGACCCAAAAAUGGCCGCUGCGUUUGAAGAUGAUUUGCCUGGCGCAGCUGCAUCACCGUACGUGAUUGCCAUGGACCGGCUCGAUAUUCCUAUCCUUCCACACAUCGUCAAUGCCAUGGUUCUUGGGGCGGCUUUCAGUGCAGGUAACAGCUAUGUCUACUGCGCUAGCAGAAGUUUGUUUGGACUUGCUCUGGAAGGAAAAGCGCCGCGAGUCUUGACCAAAUGCACCAAAUCUGGCGUUCCCAUAUACUGUGUGGGAGUUGUUCUCCUAAUUGCUCUUCUUGCCUUCCUGCAAGUAUCCAACGGUGCGGCCGUCGUCCUGCAGUGGUUCGUUAAUCUGGUCACUGCAUCGCAGCUGAUCAAUUUCUCAGUCGUCACAUUCACCUACACUCGGUUCAGGAAAGCGCUUAUGGCACAACGUGUCCCUCGCCAUUCUCUACCUUACCAGAGUCUCGGUCAACCCUAUGUUGCCUAUACCGCGAUGGUGUGCACAAUCGUCAUGGCGUUCGUGGGUGGCUACGAAGUCUUCUUACCGGGCAACUGGGAUGUGCCUACAUUCCUCUUCUCGUACACAAUGAUCGGAAUAUUCCCGAUCCUCUACUUCUCCUGGAAAUUUUGGCAUGGCACUUCGAUUAAAAAGCCCGAGGAAGUCGACCUAGUGACAGGAGUCGACAAAAUCGAGGAGUAUACGAGAAAUUACGUUGCCGAACCGUCCAGGUUAAGCAUCGCGCAGUAA